AUGUCUUCAGCAGAGAAGAAAAUAAACAGCCCUGUUUAUGACAAGGAAAAUGAAAAGACGCGUAUUCAGAGUUUAAUAGAAAAAGAGCUGGAUUUGGAAGAAUCGAUUUUGAAUGAGGAACUGUCAGAUAUUGCUUUAGAUCAAGCAAUCAUAGGCGAGCAAUCCAAAAAAGUUGAAGAUGUUAUAGAAAAGAAUUUAGAGGAUAUCUUGUUAAAUAAUAUGGGUGAUAAACCUUCAGAGUUAGGAGACAGUGACAACCAAGAUGAUGACUUAAAGUUAAGAUGGGAAGACGAUCUUGAAGAGGAAGCAGCGCUUUUGGAAGAUCCAAUAGACAAAUCAGGUGUUGAAAGUUGUAAAAUAGACUUAACAUUUCAAGAGGACGUUAUUCAAACUAUUGAAGAUGAAGAGAAAUUUUUGGAUGCAUUAGAUGAAGUUAAUGAAGCGAAAGAUUCUGUGCCAUCGUCUGUGGUAGGUACUCCAUUUGCUCCAAAAACAGCACAUGGUCUAAAUAAACCGGAUAUGAUGUUAGAAAUACCAACACAAGAAUUGAUUGAGUGUAGUGAUGAUGAAGCAGACCUGAUGAAUAAUCUUGAAAUGUCACCAGAUGAGGUUUCAGAGGUUAGUAAUGACAAUUCAAAAGAUAUAGAUGAAGAUAUAUUAUUAGGUACUGACGAAGAAAAGUCAAAUGAGAACCUAAUAGACAGCAAAAGCAAUGAAAUUAAUGAUAAUGAUGAUGAAGUUGAUGAUAAUGAUGACAUGACUACAUCAGGAAAUGACACUUCAUUACAACAACAAAUACUUACAGAAGAAAACAUAAUAAAAGAAACAUUUAUUGAACCAGAUCCAGAAGCAGAAACUAAAUUAGCUGUAGAUAUUCUUUCAAAAGAGUUAAAUGCAUCUUAUACAAGAAAUCUUAUAGAUCAAGAAGAGUAUUUUUUACUUGGCGAUGAUUCUAUUGAUGUAGCGGAAAAUAAAUUACUUCAAGACUCUGAAACUAAAGAAACAAACAAACUCGAAAUUUUGCAAGCUUCUUCAGAAAUUGUGACCUUAGAUACUGAAUUUAUACAACAGGAAGAUAAUAUAGAAGUCAAUGAAGAAAUUUUAGAUGAUAGAGAUGUAAAUAAAGAUGAUUGUGGUGAUAGUCUGUUAUCCCUGAUUGAAAGUGAAUCAGAUAAAAAUAAAUCUGUUGCAAUAGUAGGCAUAACAGAUGAUGCUCAAGAACCAUCAGUUGAAGCAAUGGAAUGUGACGUUGAAAAUAUUAAAGAAUCAGAAGAAUCUGUUUUUCCAAUUCUAUCUAAUAUACAAAUUGAUACUAAACUAAUAGAGAAAGAUAAUUUAAAUCAAAAUAUCAAAGAUAUGAAUGAUAUUAAUAUGGAUUUAGAGGAACAAAGUGAAGAAAUGUCUAAAGAGGACAAUACUAUGCAUGAUCAAAUAACUGAAGUCCAAGAGAUUUUUAAAGGAAAAAAAGAGCAAGAUCAAGAUCAAGCAGUUCAAGAAUCACUAGAAAAACAACAAUCAAAUACAAUUUUAGAACAACAAUUAACAGACACAACACAUUCUGUCACUGAAUUACAAAAAACAGCUAUGGAAAUAAGUGAACCGCAACCAUCAACUUCAUUUGCAGUAGAAAUAAAAAGUAACUUCCCAGAAGUUAGUGAAAUAAUUGACAAUCAAGAUGUAGAAUCAAAUAUUCCUCAACCUUGUACAUCUUUUAGUAUUGAUAAUGAAAAUUCUACAUUUGGUUCACCAAUUGCUCAAAACGAUGUAUCAGAAAUGUCAGACAGUCUUGGAUUAUUGGCUGAAAGUUCCAGGGUUGUUGAAGAUGAUGAGUAUGAUGAAGAUGGUGAUGGUGAUGAUGAUGACGACUUUGAUAAUUAUGAUGAUGAAAGCAGUUUCCCGGUGACAGCUGAAAAUUCAGAGGAUUCUAACGCUCAACACUCGGAGACUGAUACAAAGUUAGAAGUGCCUGAUAAGGAUAACUUUGAAUUUACUAUUAGUGAUGUAGUCAGUGAUUCUUAUGACAAAAAAACAGACUGGAAUAAUGAGACUGAAGUAGAUCAGAAACAACAAAUAAAGGAAACUGAUGUGAAAGAAGAUUCAAAUGAAUGUAAACUCGAAGAGGAUUCAAGAGAUACAGAACGGGAACAUUCGUCUGAUGUAUGCGAUACUAAUGUGGAUGUUAAAGCGGAUAGCAUUUUGAAGAAUUUGCUAAUAAAUAAUGAGAAUUCGCGAGAAACGUCCAGUGCGAAAGAUAAAAAAUUACCAGAUGGCGCUACCACCCAAGACAAUGUGGUGAAUAUCGUUGAUCUAGAAGAGAGUUCUUCAGAUGAGGAAAAAGGAAGUGAUCAAGUGCCUACUGAAGAGAUAUCAACAAGCACAGAUAAACUAGAAGCGACUAUUGAAGAUACAACUACAUACAAUAAAGAUGUCCAAAUUGAAACAAAGAAAUCGCCUAAAAAAUCUGACAAAAAAACAGAGCAAGCGAAGAGUGAGAUAGAGUCGGUCAAUGAAAAUGAAAACAAGAAAACUCAAAGUGGUUUAGAAGUGUACAACCUUGAUUCUGAUGAAGAGGACUCUGUGGAGAACAAAAUGGAGGUAGACAAUAAAGCUUCAGAAGAUAAAAAGGAGAUAGAGCAAUUAAGUGUCGAUACACCAAAAUGUAUAAACAAAUUAUGCUCGCACACGUCGCGUAACUUUUAUAUAGCGAAUAUCCAAGCUAUAAACUUUUAUGAGGCGGAUAAGAAGAAACGUCUGUAUGUGUGUGAGACGUGUGCUGAUGCUGUGGAGGAAAGGAAUCAGGAGCUUAUAGCGGGCGUGAAAAAUUUCACCCCUCUUUUAGAGUUGAGUUUUAAGAAAUGUAGAGAAGAUCUUGUGGAGAUAUCUGACUCCGAGUCUGAAGAAGAAGUAGAGUUCGACGAUCGGGAUCAACAGAUGAUCGGUGAAGGUGGUGCUAAAAUAAUAGAACAGCAAUUGGCAGCGAUGAUCAAUGAAACGUGGGAAAAAUUCAAAAUGGACGCCCGUUUGGCGCAAUCUAAGGAUGCGCUCCAAGUUGAAAUGUCUAGGAUACAGAAGGAAAGUCAAGAGUUGAACGACCUUUUGAACGAGUGUCAAGCCGCCACAGAUAAACUAAGAAAUGAUCUAUAUUCAACGUUUGAACCGAAAAUAGUGGAACUACCCACAUUAGUUGUGUUUGAUACACCUAAUUGUUCUUAUUCGUGCACGAAUUCUUCGAAAGGCGCAGAAGAAAAACUAAUUAAAGACGCAGCAUCAUUGAAAUUGAAACGAGGACGUUCGCCAUCGAAGGACAUUCCAUCUAAACGACCCGCCAUACCGUUAGGAUAUACGCCUUUGGAAGAUAAAACUAAUAUAGAAUCAAUUGAACAUACAGGUGACAAACUGGAUGACGAUUCAACAGACGUGGCUGUGGUCAAAUUAUCCGCAGAAUCUGCCCCAAAAGACCUUCCACCCUCUGGGGAGGUGACCUUUGCCCCCUUAAAAGUUGGUAUGACGGUAUACGCCAUGAAAAAUACAUCUGGUUCAUGGUUGAAAGCGAGGAUAGUGGAAAUCAUACCGAAAGGUGGAGCAAACGCUUUCACGGCUUGUCGAGUCAAAUUCGAGCAUAGAGUAUCUAAACAGCCCUUCAAGACUUUGCCGGCUAGACAUUUGGCGUACUUCGAACCGCCAGACGUCAGGAUGACUAUUGGACGUCGUGUAAUAGCUCUGUUCAAAGAUGUGAAUAAACGCGAAUCUUUCUAUUCGGGCAUUGUCGCUGAGAUUCCGAAUCCAGUGAAUUCUUACAGAUACUUAAUAUUCUUCGAUGACGGCUAUGCACAGUACGCGCCGCAUGCGCAUACACGUUUAGUAUGUGAGUGCGCCGCUUUAGUAUGGGAGGAAGUUCAGUCUUUCUCACGGGAAUUCGUACGCCAGUACCUACUGGCUUACCCUGAACGUCCCAUGGUCCGUCUCCAUGCUGGACAGAAUCUGAAGACUGAGUGGCGUGGAAAAUGGCUGCCAUCUCGAGUGUUACGUGUAGACGCGUCGUUAGUCGAAGUGCAGUUUCUGAAGGUAGCCAGAAGAGAAUGGAUAUAUCGUGGCUCUACGAGACUGGCGCCAUUAUAUCUAGAAUUUAAGGCUGCAGAAAGGCAUAGACCUAGGGCUAUGCCCAGAACUCAACCACAGUCUAGGUCGAACAUGCCGUACGUAGAAUACACGCGAUCAGACGAGCAAAAUAAGGCAUCAGACAAUCAAUCACAACAAAUAAUAAUACAGCAACAAAAUGAGGAAUUACGCCGUCAACGCGCCGUAGCAAAGAAAUCAACGACUGCACCGUUACAGACGACUGCGUAUGCAAGUUCGAAUCUCGACAACGUCUGUAGUAGGGUCGUGUACUAUACACCUAAAAACGCAGUGAAACCACUCAAAAUGGUUCCACACAUCUGUUCACCGAAAUGUAAGAGGAAAGAUGUGUUGGCAUUGAAGGAUCUAAGGACCUACAAUCCGUUGGCUAAGCCUUUGCUGAGUGGAUGGGAAAGACAAAUAGUAAGAUGGAAAUGCCAUAAAGAAGUAAUGUAUAGAGCCCCCUGUGGCCGGCGUUUGAGGGAUAUGCGAGAGUUGCACAAAUAUCUAAGAGAUAUACAAUCUGACAUGGCUGUGGAUUUGUUUGAUUUCUCACCUUCUACGCACUGUUUGGCCGAAUUCGUCCUGAAUAAAUGUUUUGUCGGCAAAAAGGAUUUGUCACAUGGCAAGGAAAACGUGCCGGUGCCAUGUGUGAAUUAUUAUGAUGAUUCGCUGCCAGAAUUUUGUUCCUACAACACUGAGAGAACACCCACUGCGGGAGUGCCCCUAAAUUUGGAUCCAGAGUUUCUAUGUGGAUGUGAUUGUGAAGACGAUUGUGAGGACAAAACAAAAUGUGCAUGCUGGAAGAUGACUCUCGAAGGUGCUAAAACUAUAGGUCUUGAAGGAGAUAACGUGGGUUACGCAUACAAGAGACUACCGGAGCCGUUGCCUUCGGGUAUAUACGAGUGUAAUUCUAGAUGUAAAUGUAAACACACGUGUCUCAAUCGCGUCGCACAACAUCCCUUGCAGCUAAAACUACAAGUAUUCAAAACGGGUAAUCGUGGUUGGGGAAUACGCGCUCUAAACGAUAUCCCUAAGGGAGCCUUUUUAUGUGUAUACGCGGGGAACCUAUUGACAGACGCUACAGCUAAUUUGGAUGGUCUGAACGAAGGAGAUGAGUAUUUAGCCGAAUUAGAUUAUAUAGAAGUGGUCGAGCAAAUGAAAGAAGGAUAUGAAGAAGAUAUACCGGAAAAUAUAAAGAAAUUAGAUAAGAAAGAAUCUUCCCAACAACCUUCGGAAGAGUCGGAAGAUGAACUAUCGUCGGAAGGGGAGUCUAAUAACAGUAACUACGAUCAAGAAGAUGACGACUUCCAACCGGGAUAUAUAUCUAACUCUGUGUCUGAGUUCAAUAAACGUCUACGCAGACGAGAUUCUAAGAAGGACAAAGAAGAAGCUAACCAAAAAGAAAAGGAGAAAGAGAAAGAGACAGAAAAGAAAGAGAAAGAGACAGAAAAGAAAGAGAAAGAGGAGAAGGAAACGAAUCCAGAUGAAGAGUGCAUCACAAUCAGCGAUGAUGAAGAAGUCCCACUUGUUUCUGAAAAUAAUAUACCUGCUUCACUUAUUGUUAAAGCUGUAGAUGACCAACAUCUAGAUAAUGAACAUGAAUAUAAUGAAUCGGUUCUUACACGUGUGUCAUCUGUUGAACCUUACAUAAUUGCUUCUAACAUAGCACCGCCUAUACUCAAACCUGGAAAUAACUUACCUGAGCGGCCAUCACUUCCCGAAGGGCCCAUGAAUGAUGUAUCUGUAGACGCUGAA